GACGUCAUCCGGCGUAUGCAUAAGCUCUGCUAUUGUCUUACCGCUAGAGCAGGGCUGAGGACUGCAGUCUCUGUGCUGCUGCUCUCAGACCUGCCUGCCCUGUGCUAGCUACCUAGCCCUGCCUCACUGCAUCCCUCAAGAGCCGCGGCAGCCUUUCGUUGCCUGCUGGAUUUUGAAAAGCAGCUCUUCGAUUUGGGAUGGUGUAGGAGACCUGGCUUUCCAUUCUUGAGAGAAAGCUGAAGCUCUCAGAGGAGAAUCUGGCAGCUGGACAUAGCUCGGACUGCAUUGUCUGGCUUCAUGACCCCUGCUGUGUAGCCGGCUCAUCUCUUUGCUCUCAGGAGCACAUGCACAUCUUACAUUUUCUUUCUUCCUUUUCCUUUCCCUUCUUUUAAAUUUUUUUUAAGCAGCUUCUGGAGCCAGCCAUGUUUGGUACUGAAUCUUCAUUGAGCAUGUUUUUGAACACGUUAACCCCAAAGUUCUACGUGGCCCUGACAGGCACUUCCUCACUAAUAUCAGGACUUAUUUUGAUAUUUGAAUGGUGGUAUUUUCGAAAGUAUGGAACGUCCUUCAUUGAACAAGUCUCAGUAAGCCACUUGCGCCCCCUUCUGGGAGGGGUUGACAACAACUCUUCCAAUAAUUCUAACUCCAGUAAUGGGGACUCAGAUUCCAACAGGCAAAGUGUCUCAGAAUGCAAAGUAUGGCGAAAUCCACUGAACCUGUUUAGGGGUGCGGAAUACAAUCGGUACACUUGGGUCACAGGACGAGAGCCUCUGACAUACUAUGACAUGAACCUCUCUGCCCAGGACCACCAGACAUUCUUUACUUGUGAUUCUGACCAUCUUCGUCCUGCAGAUGCAAUAAUGCAAAAGGCUUGGAGAGAGAGAAACCCUCAAGCCAGGAUUUCUGCAGCUCAUGAAGCCUUGGAGAUAAAUGAAAUUAGGUCCAGAGUUGAAGUUCCCCUAAUUGCUUCCUCUACCAUCUGGGAGAUAAAAUUGUUACCAAAGUGUGCAACUGCUUAUAUUCUCUUGGCUGAAGAAGAAGCAACAACUAUUGCUGAAGCAGAAAAACUCUUUAAGCAGGCCCUGAAGGCUGGAGACGGUUGUUACCGGCGCUCUCAGCAGCUACAACAUCAUGGGUCCCAGUAUGAAGCUCAACACAGACGAGACACAAAUGUCUUGGUCUACAUCAAACGGAGACUUGCUAUGUGUGCCCGGAGACUCGGAAGGACCAGAGAAGCAGUGAAGAUGAUGAGAGAUUUAAUGAAGGAGUUCCCCCUUCUAAGCAUGUUCAACAUCCAUGAAAACCUUCUAGAAGCUCUUCUGGAACUCCAAGCCUAUGCUGAUGUUCAGGCAGUCCUUGCAAAGUAUGAUGAUAUCAGCUUACCAAAGUCCGCAACAAUCUGCUAUACAGCGGCCCUACUCAAAGCAAGAGCCGUCUCGGACAAAUUUUCUCCUGAGGCUGCAUCUCGGCGGGGACUGAGCACAGCAGAGAUGAAUGCAGUAGAAGCCAUUCACAGAGCUGUGGAAUUUAAUCCGCACGUGCCAAAAUAUCUACUAGAAAUGAAAAGCUUAAUCCUCCCACCAGAACACAUCCUGAAGAGAGGAGACAGUGAAGCAAUAGCAUAUGCAUUCUUUCAUCUUGCACACUGGAAGAGGGUGGAAGGGGCUUUGAAUCUCUUGCAUUGUACAUGGGAAGGCACUUUCCGGAUGAUCCCGUAUCCCCUGGAGAAGGGACACCUAUUUUAUCCAUACCCAAUCUGUACAGAAACAGCUGACCGGGAGCUGCUUCCCUCUUUCCAUGAAGUCUCAGUUUACCCAAAGAAGGAACUUCCCUUCUUCAUCCUCUUCACUGCUGGACUGUGCUCCUUCACAGCCAUGCUGGCCCUCCUGACACAUCAGUUUCCAGAACUUAUGGGAGUCUUUGCAAAAGCCUUCCUCAGCACUUUGUUUGCCCCCUUGAACUUUGUUAUGGAGAAAGUGGAAAGCAUCCUCCCCUCCAGCUUGUGGCAUCAGCUGACACGGAUCUGACUCCCAUCCUUCACUUUCCACACCAUCCGCCAUCUCUUCUGUGCCAACUUCUCAUGGACCGCAAGAAAGCAUGACUUUGAAAAAGGGAAACCAUUCUGAGAUUUUAAACUGUUCAUGGACUAUCAGUUCCUUAUUAAAGGCUGGUUUUGUUGUA